GAGGCGGGGGACACGUGGGAGACGGUGUAAGGAAGGAACUUCCAUUCCAUCCAUCGUCGUCGUCAAACCCUAUCUUGCUUCGCAUUCGCCUCUUCUCAAUCACUCUGCCCCCAAUUAUUCCUAACCCUAACCCUAAAACCGAAGCUUCUCAUGAAAUUCCCUGCGCUAAACUCCACGCUUUCAGAAUCAGGUUCGAUUCCCUAACCCUUCACAAAUACCUUUCGUCUCUUUGCAGUUUUCCAUGGAGGGCUCUGCAGAGGAUCUCGGAGCCCCCGAGUCAUGGGAGGUCGCUGAUUUGGACGAGUCCAUGAACCGCUUAAACCUGAUGCUCUCUUCCAACAAAGAUUCUAACCCUCACGCCGACGAUGCUCCUCCGCCACCGCCACCUCCUCCGCCUCCUUCCUCCAGUGGCGACACGGUUUCCGACGACAUCGUCAAUCAGGUUGAUCAGUUCCUUCGCGAAGCCAUUCAGAACCCUCGCGAACGCCUUUCAAUUUUGAGGAUGGAGCAAGAUGUUGAGAAUUUUAUUCGCGAUCCUACUCAACAGAAGCUUGAAUUUAAGCAGCUUCCAACAUCCUAUUUAAGGUUGGCUGCACACCGGGUGGCUCAGCACUACUCAUUGCAGUCAAUGGUUUUACUGGAUAGUAGUUUACCAGAUGGCUCUGGGUCAAGAAUUAUCGUUAGUAAAGCCCCUGAAUGUAAGCUUCCAGCUAUUCGCCUUGCAGACAUCCCAGUAAAAUUAUCUACAGAAAACAAUGCUGUCAUGAAGGUUGCAAUCAAACAGAGGCCGCAGAAGCGGACACAGAUUCAUAGCAAUGCAAAUUCAAACUCCGUGAAGAAUAAUAACUCUAAAAGUGUGGAAGAGAGAAAAGAGGAAUACAAUAGGGCUCGAGCUAGAAUUUUCAGUUCAAGCAAUAAUGGUGGUACUGUAGGUGGGAAGCCAGAGUGUGAGACAAGGCAGCAGGAUAUCUCAUUGCAUGGCUCCUUGGGGGUUCCUCGAGUGGAAGAUAAAUCUGCUUCUGUAUCAGAUGUCACUUCCAGUAGGGGGUUGGUUGAGUCUUCAACUAAUAGCAGUUGGGGGUUGGUUGAGUCUUCAACUAAUACCAGUAGGACUAGAAGUAGGAUGGAGAAGGAGCCAGUUGGUAGGUACAGGCAAAGUAAUAGGGUGGCUAUAUUUCGUGACCGUGAGGUCGACCGCAAGGAUCCUGAUUAUGACAGGAGCUAUGAUAGGUAUAUGCAAAGAUUUGAUCCUGGAUUUGGGUUCAAUGGAGGAUCAUAUGCAAUGCAGCCAAUGUAUACAGCAGUAUUAAAUUACAACACUGAGUUUCCACAGCUUGGAUCCACUCAUAGACCCCAGCUUUCUACUGAACACCAACCACGACCUCUUCCGCAGCAUAUACCUGGGCCAUGGGCUGCACAAUCAACACCUGCUGGAAUUGGAUAUGGACAUCCCGAGACCAUGAUGCCACCAUUUAGUCCUAAUCAAGUUGGUGCACACUCCUCGUCAGCCAUGUAUCUGCAUUCGUCUCAGUAUCCUUGUCAGCGCCCUGGAAUGCCUUUUAUCCAUCAUGAACAUGUUCACCAACCCUUUGCACAGUCUCAUCAGCCCCCACCUGAUGCAAGUUUUGGAUUGGCCCGGCCCCGUUGAGGGGCAUGGGCCAUGCCUGCACCCGAUCAGCCAGAGGUAUAAGAUGUAAAGAUCAUGGGCUGCUGCAGCACCAAAUUUCUUUUAGCUGAUUGGAGUGCAGGCAUUUAGGCCGAGGUUGGCUGGAAUGGAUUUGUGUAUUUCUCAAAGUUCAACACACCAGCAUUGAUCUGUCCCUCCAAUCUCGGUUUUGCAAGGAUGCUUCCUGCAUCUUCCACCAGUCCAUAACCGUGUCUCUUGUGGACAUUUGAAUUUUUAGAGGAGCUUUUAGAGCAUAUAUACGGUUGUUCAUGAAGAAAAGUGAAUUGAGGACCUAUUCACAGGAAUUGGAACCGAAGAAGUUUGUGCUUGACUUGGAUGAAGAUUUCUAUUUCCUAUGCUAUGGUCUCUUUCAGCGUGUUUCAAAUCGUCUAUAGACACUGUUGCCGAUCCUCCCUCUGUUGUGUCAUCAUUUUGCUCCCUCAAUAGCUAAAGGGGUUUCAGUUAAAGUGCUCAGUCCGUCAUUUGUCUCGAGGUUGAAGCAACAUUUGAUGCUGCUGGGAUUUAACUGAAUUUUCCAAGCUCUAGUCUCUAGUCGCUAUCGCCAUAUACUUUACAAUAUGGUCUGGUGAAUUAUCCUUGACCUCAUGUAUAAUACAUUACUAACUAUAGAUUUGAGAUUGUAUAUUUAACUCAGUUCUAACAUUUCUUUAUCCGCAUUUCCUUAUUGGCUUCAUAUAUAUUAUCAAAAUCUCAAGCUUAAUGUUGCAUA